UUCAGUUGACACUCAGCUUUAUGUGACAAUUCGUCGGGCGAGCGGAUGACAGCUGAAACAAUAAAACGGUAAAAGCUUUGUGCCGACGGCUAUAUAAAGAGGGAGAAGUAAAGUAGAAAAAGAAAGAGAAGCAUAAUAUAAAAAAUAAUAAUAAAUUCGCAGCGUUCAAAUUAAUUUGGCACAAAUUAAUUCGCCUAACGGAACUGCUCAAUUAGCACUGGCGAAAAAUGUAUGAUUAAACGACACGCGUGCAAUAAAAAUUAUUGAAAGAAAUUAACAAAAUAAUUAUGCACACAAAUUUGUUACGUUAAUCAACACUUGUUCCGUUUUAUAUGCAUUUGUUAACACUCAUUAAGUUUUAAUUAAUUGCCCGAUUAAACGAUCGUCAUGUUUGCGCAAACGCAGCGGGCUUGAUAAGCAACAACAACAACAACGAUAACAACAAAACCAGCAACACUUGGAAUAUGUUGUAUAAUGUGCCGUGUUAUCAAAACUUUUCAACGCUGGAUUACUACAAGGUUAAACGUCCCAAAACAGAGCACACGGACACACAUGAACGCAAUCGUCUCUGCCAAAGUCAGCAGCAACAACAACAACAGCAGCAACAUCAGCAUCAACAACAACAACAUCAGCAGCAGCAACAACAACAGCAACAACAGCAGCAACAACAACAACAAACACACUCAAACGCCGUGUUGGCCACCAGCAAUGGGCCCAGCAGUGCCGGCGCCAGCGUGGGCGUUGGCAUUAGCGUGGGCGUGGGCGUGGCGGGUCAGUGCAGUCCCCUAGGUAUUCUGCCGCCUCAAAUCCAGCCGCUGCAGCCAACAAUCGGCCACUACGGCACCAGCACCAGCAGCAGCAGCAACAACAACAACAGCAACAAUAGCAACAACAACAAUAAUCCAAAUUCAAACUCUAAUUCGAAUCCAAAUUCAAAUCCAAAUCCGAGCAGCUGCAGCCUCGCCUCCAGCUUCGCCCAGUCGGCCAGCAGCAGCUUCUCCACAUAUCAACAGCCCGCGGGCGAGGAGGUGGGCGUGGUGGGCAUGUCCCACUGGACGCACGAGUCGGCGCCCGUCAAGUCCGAGUCGCGCAGCCCCAACCAGCUCCACUCGCUGGACAGCGGCCAGUCGGCGGCUGCUGCUGCCGCCGCCGCCGCCGCUGCCGCUGCCAAUCUGUACGGCUGUGCCGAGAGCAGCGCCGCAGCAGCGGCGGCCGCCGUGAACAGCUCGGCGGCAGCAGCGGCCGCAGCCGCCGUCUACGACAGCAAACACGACUACUACUACUACAACAGCAUGCAGCAGUACACGCCGCCGCCGUUCUACUCCGGCUACGGCACGCCGUAUGCGGCGGCCAGCACGGCGGCGGCGGCUGCGCGCGGCGCCAAGAUGGAGCCGAGCGCGGCGGCUGCGGCGGCAGCGGCGGCCUACCUGACGCCCAGCUAUGCGAGCGCCGCCAACGGAGGCCAGGCCAGCAACAAUGCGCAGCUCUACAGCAAUCCGUAUGCGGGCUACAACAACUUCGGGCAGCAGGACUACGGCGGAUACUACAACGAGCAGUACGGCAACUACUACAAUCCGGCCAACUACUCGCCGUAUGCGGUCAGCUCGCCCAGCUCGAGCGCCAGCCACGGCUUCCACGUGGCCACCGCCUCGUCCAAUCUGUCGGAGAGUCCCACCGACACGCACUCGACGACGCCCGUGCACGUGGCCAACCAGUCGCCGCACUCCCCGCUGCCCAUCUCAAUGUCGCCCAACGCGGGCGUGGGCGUCGGUGUGGGCGUGGGCGUGGCUGGAGGACCGUCCGCUGCUGUGGCCGCCACGCUCAACUCCAGCGGCGGCAGCAGCGUCGGCUCCGCAUCCGCACCCAAGUCCACGCCCACGGGUAAGACGGGUCGAGCGCGCGGGCGGCGCCACCAGCAGCCGAGUCCGACGAGGAGCACGGCCUCGGACACGGGCAACAGCGAGGCUGCGAAGCCGCCGGAGCGCGUCUUCAUCUGGGAUCUGGACGAGACGCUGAUCAUCUUCCACACGCUGCUCUCGGGCAGCUACGCGAACCGCUACACCAAAGACCACAGCACGCUGAUGACCAUUGCGUUCCGCAUGGAGGAGAUGGUGUUCAACAUGGCGGACACGCACUUCUUCUUCAACGAGAUCGAGGAGUGCGACCAGGUGCACAUCGACGACGUCAGCUCCGAUGACAACGGGCAGGACUUGAGCAGCUACAACUUUGCCACCGAUGGCUUCCACACCGGCACCCCGCCCGGCGCCCCGCCCAAUCUCUGCCUGCCCACGGGCGUGCGCGGCGGCGUCGACUGGAUGCGCAAGCUGGCCUUCCGCUACCGCAAGAUCAAGGACAUCUACAACAGCUACAGGGGCAAUGUGGGCACUCUUCUGGGCCCGGGCAAGCGGGAGGCCUGGCUGCAGAUCCGCUCGGAGAUCGAGGUGGCCACCGACAACUGGGCCACGCUCGCCCUGAAGUGUCUCAGCAUGAUCGCCCAGCGGGAGAACUGCAUCAAUGUCCUCGUCACCUCCACGCAGCUGGCGCCGGCGCUGGCCAAGGUGCUGCUCUUCAACCUGGGCAGCAUAUUCAACAUCGAGAACAUCUACAGCGCACACAAGAUCGGCCAGGAAACCUGCUACGAGCGCAUCGUGACGCGCUUCGGCAGGAAGAGCACCUACGUGGUCAUUGGGGACGGCGCCGAGGAGGAGUCCGCUGCCAAGGCCAUGAACUUCCCCUUCUGGCGCAUCUCCUCCCACAGCGAUAUUCGUGCUCUCUACACGGCCCUCGACAUGGGCUUCUUAUGAAAGGCUUAUGGCGUUUGCAAACGCGCACAAAUCGCUAGCGUUUCGCGUGCGUUUCUCGCGCAGUUUUGAGUACAAA